UCAAAGCUCAUGUCGUCUGAAGACAUCGCGGAGGAAAUUCGUGAAAGCUUCCCCGGCACCGAGGAGGUCAUCGUCCAGUACCUCGCGGGUUACCUUGUCGAUGAUGCUGGCGAGGAAGAAGAUGUCCUUCAAGUAGCACGCGAAAUUCUUGACUCGGUCGCUGCUGGACGCGUUGAUGUGCUCGAAAAGUUGAUGCUACGUCUGGCGGAACUGCUAGAGCCUACUUUCAGGGAACGCAUGAAGAACAGCGCUGGUCCGAAACUGCACAAACUUGACAAAGUAAUGGAUAUGAGUAAAACAACAAUGUCCAACACAAUCGCGUUCUCGGAAGGCGUAGACCUCGAAUCUAUCAAUAAGGGCAAGGCCUCCAAGGUUGAUGUCAAGAAACUCGAAAAGCAGGAGGCCAAGCUACGAGCUAAGAUUGAGAAACGCUCUCGGACUCUGUAUGAGGGCUCGAAACUGCUUGAUGCCCACCGGAAACAGCAAACGUAUGAAGAGAUGUUCAUGAAGAUUAAUCCACUCGAGGCAAACGCUGCCGCAAGAAACAAGAGCAAGGACAUCCAUCUGCCCUCGAUCGACGUCAACUUUGGCUCGAAUCGUAUCCUCUCUGGGGCCACACUAACCAUGGCCCACGGACGUCGAUAUGGUCUCAUAGGCCGUAACGGUGUCGGUAAAUCCACCCUUCUGCGACACAUUGCGAUGCGUGAAGUUCCCAUCCCCGCGCACAUCACGAUCUUGUUUGUCGAGCAAGAAAUCGUGGGCGACGACACAGUAGCCAUCGACUCUGUGCUCAAGGCUGAUGUAUGGCGUGACCAUCUGCUCAAGGAAGAAGCCUCUCUAAAUGCGAAAUUGGCGGAAUUGGAAGCGGAGGGCGACGAUAAACGCUUUGUAGAUGCCCGGGAAGAGGCCUCAGCGCGGUUGGCGGACGUCCACGCCCGCUUAUCCGACAUGGAUGCAGAGAGUGGUCCUGCCAGAGCGGCGGCCCUUCUUGCGGGUAAACGCAUCAUUCUGCUGCUUACUCACGAAUUUGACACCGACGGGCAGGGUUGGGUUUCAACGAAUCGGAUCAGCAGCGCCCAACGAAAUCAUUCAGUGGAGGCUGGCGGUGGGUUCACCAUUGGGUUCAAUGCAUUUUCUGACGGGGAAAUCCAUAGCAUGCGACUAGCGCUAGCAAGAGCUUUGUUCGUCAAGCCUUCUUUGCUUCUUUUGGACGAACCUUCCAAUCACAUUGAUUUGAAUGCCCUUGCGUGGUUGGAGGACUAUCUCCAAACAUGGCCCGGCACGCUUCUUGUUGUAUCGCAUGACCGUGCAUUCCUCGACGCCGUCGCCACUGAUAUCGUGCAUCAGCAUUCUGGUCGUCUUGAUUACUACAAGGGCAACUUUACACAGUUCUACUCAACCAAGUCAGAGCGCGACCGUAACAUGCGCAAGGAGUAUGAAACGCAGAUGGAAUACCGGCGUCACUUGCAAGCCUUCAUUGACCGGUGGCGUUAUAAUGCCAACCGUGCCGCCCAAGCCCAGUCCAAAAUCAAGAUCCUGGAGAAGUUACCCGAGCUCGAACCACCAGAAGAAGAUGAGACGGAGAACUUCAAGUUCCCGGAGACCGAGAAAAUAGCGCCGCCACUACUUCAAAUGAAUGAAGUAACGUUUGGCUAUUCGGCGGACAAGAUUAUCUUGAAGAAUAUCAACUUUGACGUCGGCCUUGAUUCAAGGGUUGCUAUCGUUGGCGCAAACGGAGCCGGAAAAUCGACACUAAUCAAAAUUCUGACGGGAGAUCUAAAUCCCAUGGCUGGUCAUGUCACACGCAACGGGAGGCUGCGCGUCGGGUACUUUGCGCAACACCAUGUCGACUCGCUGGUUCCGACCAUGACGCCCGUGCAAUUCCUUGCUUCUAAGUUCCCAGGACGGGUAGAGCAGGACUAUCGACAACAUCUGGGCAACUUCCAGAUCAGCGGUAUGACGGGGAUGCAACCAAUAGCUACUCUAUCCGGAGGACAGAAAAGUCGAGUUGCCUUUGCGGUUCUGUCGCUUCAGCAGCCUCACAUCUUGCUGCUUGAUGAGCCGACCAAUCAUCUCGAUAUCGAAGGCUUAGACGCUCUCAUGGUGGCUCUGCAAAAGUGGAAUGGUGGUGUGAUCAUCAUCUCGCAUGACGAACGCUUCAUCACCACUGUGGCGCAAGAGGCGGGUCGCUGUCGUUCUUCUACUAGAACAAGGCUAAGUCUUUGCAGCUGUGGGUAUGUGGCGAUGGGACAGUCUCAAAGUUCAGAGGCGAUGUGCAAGCCUAUAAGCACUCGCGCAGAGCUUGAUUGUUGGCAAUAUCAAAGCAAAGCCUUGAAGUUCGAACGGACCUGA